AGAUUCACAGCCCGGUGUGUUUGCCUAGUGCUCUGGACUCUGCCCCUCUCAGCAGCACUGGGGUAUGGCGAGGGGUGCGGUGCUCUCAGGCUUUACCUUUACUACCAUUUUCUUGGCAGAUCCCUCGCCCACAUCCAGGAGAAAUAUGGCCCGUACAUCGCAGGAGCCUUCUUUGUCCUGAAGCAGGGAGGUGCAGUCAAGUUUCAGGACCAUGAGUGGAUCAGGUCGGAUAAGCGUGGCCAUUUCUUCCUUGAGUUCUUGAAGUUACAGACAGUGCCUGUGCAGGCUGUGGACGCCAGUGGCUGUGCCAUCAACUAUGACGGCCUGGACAACCUCUUGCCCCUGAAGGAGCUCCAGUCCCUGUCGCUGCAGCGCUGCCCCAAUGUGGACGACUGGUGUCUCAGCCGCCUCUACCUGCUGGCCGGUUCACUGCAGGAGCUCUCACUAUCAGGGUGUCCCCACAUCUCUGAACGGGGCCUUGCCUGCCUCCACCACCUCCAGUAAGACCUCAGCUCAGCCUGGGCCCUGC